AUGUUACCGGCUGAAGUCCCCACCCCACACGGGGGCCGGUCUCAUAAACACGAUCAAGCACCCUCCUUCUGGGGCAAGAAAAGUCGCAUAACAAAUUCUCGGGAGGCCAUUGGUGUGUUCUUUCAUUGCAGGUUUGUUUGUUUGCAUGCACCGGAAAAUAGUCGCCCACUUUUCUCGAAUUCGGGUCGGAGGGUUAGAUACCCUAAUAUCAAGGGAAUAAUAAUGAAGUUGGAAGGAGAAUAUCGACCAGACCGCCACAUUGAAAUUGAUACCGACGAUGAGGAAAAUCGGGCCGAAAGAUUUUCCAAGGAGGACGAGGAGGAGGAGGAGGACGACGACGACGACGACUCUGAACCUGAUUUUGCUGCCGCACCACCCUUAGUGAACUCUUCUUCUAGCAGCGUGGGAUCUCAUUCUUCUGGCUGGCCUCAAAGCUACAGGCAAUCGAUGGACAUGUAUACAAGUGUUACGCCUUCCUCAUUUAGCUUCCUAAGGGGCAGCUCCCCCCCGACUUCAGCAAACAAGAGACCUCAGAUUACUGUCCGUGAAUCUUCAUUUACUAGACCCCUUAUAUCUCCAACGAUCUUUGACAAAGAAGAGGUUACCUGCUCACAACAUUUUAAAAAGCUCCCAGUAGCUUCUGGCUCAAGGUUAUCUAUCGAAGAGUUACCAACACCAAAGCAAUGUUCAUAUGUACAGACGAUCCUCAAUGCAAUAAAUGCUUUAUGUGGUAUUGGAAUCCUUUCAACUCCAUAUGCAGUAAAGGAAGGGGGUUGGCUUAGCCUCAUUUUACUUCUAAUUUUUGGAGUAAUUACUUGCUAUACUGGUAUUUUGUUGAAGAGAUGUUUAGAAAGCUCUCCAGAACUCGAAACCUAUCCAGACAUUGGACAGGCUGCUUUUGGCAUGAUCGGUCGAAUAUGUAUAGCUAUUGUCCUAUACUUGGAACUUUAUUCUUCUUGUGUGGAAUACUUGAUCAUGAUGAGCGACAACAUGGCUUCAAUGUUCCCACAUGCUCACCUGGAUUUUGCUGGAAUCCAUAUGGACUCCUAUCAACUUUGUGCAAUUGUAUCAACCCUUGUUAUAUUACCAACAGUUUGGCUUCGAAACCUCAGUUCGCUGUCAUAUAUUUCAGUUGGAGGAGUCAUCAUGUUAGUGGUGGUGGUAAUUUGCUUGUUGUGGGUAGGCGUGAUCAAUGAAGUGGGAUUUCAUCCAGGUGGAAGAGUUUUUGACCUGGCAAAACUACCCCUUACAAUCGGUCUCUACAGUUUCUGCUAUGGCAGCCAUUCAGUGUUCCCAGAUAUUUACUCGUCGAUGAAGGAGCCUUCACAAUUUCCCUCCAUCCUCGUGAUCAGCUUCUCCACAGCAUUUUUUCUGUAUACUGGGGUUGCAAUCUGCGGUUUCUCAAUGUUUGGCGAUGCUGUCAAGCCACAGUUCACGCUGAAUCUGCCUACGAGAUUUAAUGCUUCUGGUGUUGCUGCAUUGGUAGUGGUUUUAACACCCGUCUCAAAGUAUGCCUUGACAUUAAUCCCUGUUGCAUUUGGACUAGAAGACCUUUUGCCUUCAUCUCGGCUUCGAUCUUAUGGUGUAUCAAUGCUCAUCAGGACAAUGUUAGUGGGCUCAACUCUAGCCAUAGCGUUGACAGUUCCAUAUUUCGGAUCUGUGAUGGCCUUAAUUGGAUCCUUACUUGUAAUGCUAGUGUCUCUAAUCCUUCCCUGUGCUUGCUACAUCAGAAUAAGUGGUGGUAAAUUAACAAACCUCCAGAUCGCAGUUUGCACUGUCAUAAUGGUAGUGGGCCUAUUAUGCUCAAUUGUUGGCACAUACUCUGCCAUUACAAAUUUACAAUCCUAGCUGAAAGAUGAUGAACGGCCAUAGCUUCGUCCCAAACGCUGUUUGUUGUACACAAAUAUUUUACCGACAGUAAGGAAGCAUAGACAAAGAUAAGAUGGACGUACACUAACCGCUGAAGCCACUGAGGACGGACCCUUUCGAAUCUGAGAACAAUCCAAGAAUUAACGGGUCAUUGCCUUGACUUCCAUUCAAUUACCAAGUGUAAUGCACUACAUUUGAUGCGGUACUGCUCUGCUUAGCUGUUAGUUAGUACCGGAUUUUGGAGGAUUGGACGCCUUUGGGUUUUCUGCAUAGAAGGGUCUCUGUCGUAGGCUAGAAAGGAUUUAAAGGGGGAAUCUGUUACAGGACGAGGAUGAUUCGCAUUUCCUUUACUCAUGGACUGUGGCCAUCACCGGCCAUGAUCCAAGGCAUCUCCCUUGUAGUCGUACAAGCAUCCGGUCGCUUUGACAACUGAUUGGGCCCAUUCACGUUUUAUGCCCAUGGAUCUUUCAGCAGGGCAUGUGGUGCUACCGUUUGGAUCGAACUUGUUUGACUUUGAUUUAUUAACUAGUCAAGUCGAUGAUUGAAGGACAUUUUAUAUUCAAUAACAUUCAAAUUGUUUGUAAGCCUUAUAACAUUCAAA